AUGAAUGGUCUUAUGGGUAUUGUGAGCAAGAAACUGGUGUACUCAGAUGUCCUAGCAGCAAGAACACAGUGUAUACUUAAGGCUUGGUGUGCCAAAGCUCCCAGGUUGGGUGAAUCGUUUUGCCCAUGCUGGCGACACAGCCUUGGAAGUAGCAGAAACCACAGCACUGCGGGUGGAAGUUAUUCUACUGAAGCUAAUAUAAACUUCCAUUGGUUCAUUGGCUAA